AUGCUUAUAAUCGCCUUGUUAAUUGUAGGAAUGAGAAAAGAAUGGAUCCGUAGUGAUGAAGGAAAAAAUAAUAAACAAACUCAAUUUGAAAGACAUCGAAAAAUUAAACCAACAAAACGACGACCGCAGAUAUCAAUAUUGAGACAACCCGAAAAUUUCAAUUCAUCAAUAAUAUUAUGCUCAACAGAUCGAAUACGUCUAAAUAAUGUAACUCAUUGUUAUGAUCAAUAUGCCGGUGAACCAAGUAUAGUCAAAUAUUCUGCACCACAAGAAGUUCUUUCACUACGUUUACAUGAUUUUUAUAAUCGUAAAAAACCAAUUAUAGUUAAUUUAAUAAGUUAUUUUAAACAUGUACCUGAAUUUCAACAGUUAAAUGUUGACGAUCAAGUAUCAUUACUAAAACAAAAUAUUCGUAUUUUAAUACCAAUUAAUUAUGCUUUAUUAAAAACACCUAUUCAUUCACAAUUUCGUUAUACACAUAUUCAAACAAUUGGUUGUGUUAAUAAUAUAAAUUUACAUACGAUGUAUCAAUCGUUAUCGAAUAAUUUUGUUCCAUUUGUUGCAUUUGAUCCAGUUAUAAUGAAAUUAUUGUUAAUUACUUUAUUUUUUACAACAAAUUUACUAUCGACAAAUAAUGAUACAGUUGAAUAUAAACAAUUGGGAUAUAUCAAAGGAAUUCAAGCCAGUUAUGCUGAACUAUUAUGGUUAUAUAUGAUUGAAAAAUAUGGUAAAGAAAAAACAGUAAAUUUAUUUACAAAAUUUAUAACAAGAUUUGUACACUUACAAACAAUGAUUGAGCAAAUUGAUUCAAUUAUUCGAUUAAAUAAUGAUAUGCAAUAUGUAGAUUCACUUAUGAAAGUUAUUUUACAAUUGACAUAA